CUGAGGGUCAGUCCUGUGAGUCGGAAAACCACUCCAGUUUGCGUACUAAACCAUGUCGAUCCUUAAAAUUACUGGCCGGCAGAUCCUGGACAGUCGAGGAUAUCCAACAGUGGAAGUGGAUCUAGUCACGAGAAAGGGUCUAUUUCGGGCAGCUGUACCGAGUGGAGCAUCUACCGGAAUUCACGAGGCAAACGAGAUGCGCGACAGUGGCCCCGAGUAUCACGGCAAAGGUGUCAUGAAGGCUGUGAACAACGUGAAUAAAAUAAUCGCACCUGCUCUGAUAAAGAAGAAUUUGUGUGUGACAGAACAACACGCCAUUGAUGAAUUCAUGGUGACAGAAUUGGAUGGGACUACGAACAAAACUCACCUGGGUGCCAAUGCAAUUUUGGCGGUUUCACUGGCAGUUCUAAAGGCCGGUGCUGCUGAAAAGAACCUUCCAGUUUAUCGAUGGGUGGCCAACUUAGCCGGAAACGAAAAAGUGACACUUCCAGUUCCAGCCUUCAAUGUGCUUAACGGUGGCAAACACGCCGGUAAUCGUCUUGCCUUCCAGGAGUUUAUGAUACUUCCUGUUGGUGCAAAGUCGUUUGCUGAAGCCGUUCGUAUGGGAAGUGAAACGUAUCAUUGUUUGAGAAAUAUCAUCAAAACAAAGUACGGACUGGACGCGUGCAACGUCGGUGACGAAGGAGGAUUUGCUCCAAACAUCUCUACUCCACAUGAUGCACUGGACCUCUUGGUCGACGCAAUUUCAAAUGCUGGCUAUGCGGGCAAGAUCUUGAUUGGCAUGGAUGUGGCCUCCUCGGAAAUGUAUACAACCGGGGGGAAAUACAAUUUGAAUUUCAAAGAUGCACGACAAGAUCCAAAUCAAUUGAUUAGUGGGGAUAAACUAUUGGAUAUCUAUGUCGGUCUACUCGGUCAUUAUCCGAUCGUAUCGAUUGAGGAUCCUUUCGAUCAGGAUGACUGGGAACAUUGGAUUAAAUUUCGAAGUCGAUCCAAGGUUCAGAUUGUCGGUGAUGACUUGUUGGUCACUAACCCUCAAAGAGUACGGAGAGCUAUCGAACUGGGAGCAUGCAAUGCUUUACUCUUGAAAGUUAACCAGAUUGGGUCAUUCACAGAGGCAUUGGAGGCCUGUCAGAUAGCAAAGCGCGCGAACUGGAAAGUGAUGGUUUCACAUCGAUCUGGUGAGACAGAGGACAGUACGAUUGCCGACUUGGCUGUUGGUCUUAAUUGUGGACAGAUAAAAACUGGAGCACCCUGUAGAUCCGAAAGGCUGGCCAAGUACAACCAAUUGUUGCGUAUCGAGGAGGAACUUGGUUGCCAUGCUGUCUACGCCGGUAAUGUGUUUAAACAGAGUACACUCUGUUAACACCCCCACCGAACGCACACGAAUUCGAAUCGCAGCCUCUAACACAGAGCUACUCGGCGUAUCACAAGACGAAUAAAUUUUAAAUGUCUCAAUUUGACCAUCUUCAGUAGAUUUUUCCUUCAUACCCGCAUGUCAUUCAGAAUUAAUUUCCG